UUCACAGCAGAGAAACUCCUCCGUAGCCGGUACUUCCCCCUCUUGCUGUUCUCUCUGACGAGAGCAAAGCGUGCGAUAUCGGACCAACCCCAGCACCCCCCGCGUCGCCAUCCGCCCUGUCCGAUGCCUACGCAGUUCCCACGUUGUUUGUUGUCUUGUUCCUCUCUCUCUCCUCUCUGCAAAGUUUGCAUCUUUGUGGGGACGCAGUGACUUGAACGAGACGGGCUCUCGCCAGCGGGGGUGGGGGUGGGGGUGGUUGGCUUUGGUUGGAGCUUUCUUGCCUUUUGUCGGGCUCUCUCUUGCUUCCUGAGGAGGAGUAUAAAGAACCCAUUUGAGUUUUUGCCGUCACUCUUUUCGUCCUUCUCUUGAAGAGCCGUGCCGCGCCACCCCGCUGCUGCAACAAGGAGCUCUGAGCGCGGCCACCCAUCUCCCGGUUUUCGCUGGGCUUGCGGCGAGAGUCUCUCUGGGGUUUCUGGGGCGUCGUUUCUUGAUCGUGGGAUCAGGAUGUGGAAACUGAAAGUUGCGGAAGGAGCAAAUCCUUGGCUAAGAAGUCUGAACAAUCAUGUUGGUAGACAAAUUUGGGAGUUCGAUCCAAAUUGUGGAUCCCCAGAAGAGAUUCAGGAGAUUGAAGAGGCUCGUGCAAACUUCUUAAAGCAUCGGUUUGAGAAGAAGCACAGCUCAGAUUUGAUGAUGCGAAUUCAGUUUUCCAAGGAAAAUACAGGCAGUGUAGUUUUACCACCAGUAAAGGUGAAAGACUUGGAUGAAAUCACAGAGGAGACUGUAACGCACAUAUUGAGAAGGGCCAUAAGCUUCCAUUCAACUCUUCAGGCCCAUGAUGGACACUGGCCAGGGGACUAUGGUGGGCCUAUGUUUCUCAUGCCUGGCUUGGUAAUUGCCCUUUCUAUUACUGGAGCUCUAAAUGCCGUCUUGUCUGAGCAACAUAAACAAGAGAUGUGCCGAUAUCUGUACAAUCAUCAAAACAAAGAUGGCGGUUGGGGUUUGCACAUUGAAGGUCCAAGCACCAUGUUUGGUUCUGUCUUGAACUAUGUCACAUUAAGGUUGCUUGGAGAAGCUGCAAACGAUGGACAAGGGGCUAUGGAGAAGGCACGAAAAUGGAUUCUGGACCAUGGCAGUGCUACUGCAAUAACAUCAUGGGGAAAAAUGUGGCUUUCAGUACUUGGAGCAUUUGAGUGGUCAGGCAAUAACCCAUUGCCCCCUGAGAUAUGGCUUCUUCCUUACAUGCUUCCGAUUCAUCCAGGAAGAAUGUGGUGCCACUGCCGGAUGGUUUAUUUGCCGAUGUCAUACUUGUAUGGGAAGAGGUUUGUAGGUCCCAUAACACCAACCGUUUUGUCCUUGAGAAAGGAGCUUUAUGCAGUUCCUUAUCAUGAGAUAGAUUGGAAUCAGGCACGAAAUUUAUGUGCGAAGGAGGACCUUUACUAUCCUCAUCCACUGGUGCAAGAUAUGUUGUGGGCCACUCUGUAUAAGGCUGUCGAACCCAUCUUAUUGAAUUGGCCUGGGAAAAAGUUGAGAGAAAAGGCUCUUCGCACGGCAAUUGAGCAUAUUCAUUAUGAAGAUGAGAAUACGCGUUAUAUCUGCAUUGGUCCAGUUAACAAGGUGCUGAAUAUGCUCUGCUGUUGGGCAGAAGAUCCAAAUUCAGAGGCCUUUAAAUUGCAUAUUCCAAGAAUAUAUGACUAUCUGUGGCUUGCGGAAGAUGGCAUGAAAAUGCAGGGUUACAAUGGAAGUCAAUUAUGGGAUACUGCAUUUGCAACUCAAGCAAUUAUCUCAACCAAUCUUAUAGAAGAGUUCGGUUCAACCUUGCAAAAGGCACAUACGUACAUAAAAAAUUCGCAGGUUUUAGAAGAUUGCCCAGGAGACCUAAAUUUCUGGUAUCGCCACAUCUCAAAAGGGGCUUGGCCUUUUUCGACAGCAGAUCACGGAUGGCCAAUUUCAGACUGCACAGCAGAAGGAUUAAAAGCUGCCCUUGUACUAUCAAAAAUUCCAUUGGAGAUUGUUGGGCAACCAUUAGAAGCUAAGAGAUUCUAUGAUGCUGUAAAUGUCAUUCUUUCAUUACAGAAUGAAGACGGGGGAUUUGCUACAUAUGAACUGACAAGGUCAUAUGCUUGGUUGGAGUUGAUUAACCCAGCUGAAACUUUUGGAGACAUAGUUAUUGAUUACCCGUAUGUAGAAUGCACUUCGGCUGCUAUUCAGGCUUUGACAUCAUUUAAGAAACUAUAUCCUGGGCAUCGACGUGAAGAGAUAGAGCAUUGCAUUGAGAGAGCUGCUAAGUUUAUUGAAAAGAUACAAGCACCAGAUGGCUCAUGGUAUGGGUCUUGGGGUGUUUGCUUCACCUAUGGUACAUGGUUUGGAGUACUGGGGCUGGUCGCUGCCGGAAGGAGCUAUAGUAGUAGUGGUAGCCUCCGUAAGGCCUGUGAAUUUUUGCUAUCUAAGCAGCUUGCUUCUGGUGGAUGGGGAGAGAGUUACCUCUCAUGCCAAAACAAGGUCUAUACAAAUGUAGACGGCGACCGGUCUCAUGUUGUGAAUACUAGUUGGGCGAUGUUGGCUCUCAUUGGUGCUGGGCAGGCCGAGAGAAACCCAGUUCCAUUGCAGCGUGCUGCUAGAUGUUUGAUAAAUUCCCAAAUGGAGAAUGGAGAUUUCCCCCAAGAGGAGAUCAUGGGGGUAUUCAACAAGAACUGUAUGAUAACGUACGCAGCCUACAGAAACAUUUUCCCAAUAUGGGCUCUCGGUGAAUAUCGCCACCGGGUUCUGCGAGCCUCAUGAAGCAAACAUUGUGCCGUUCUCUACUUGCCAUUUUGACAAUUUUCUUCAGUAUGUUUGAUUCUGGUUUUCUUUUGCUUUUGAUACCAUCUGUCCCUAACUAUGUCCCCAUGCCUUCACCCUGGUUUUAUCUAGAUAUAUGUCAGGCUACAUGCUCAAUAGCUAGGGGAGUUCAUUCUUCUCCACUGCUUUUUAAAUGGGGAGGACCGCAUGAUGUUCUCAUGUGAUCAGCGGUUAGCCUAUGAGAAUUGACACAUGAGAUUAAUCAGGCUACCUCAUGCUAUAUAUUAGAUGGCUAUAGGCUUUUGGGGCAUAUGAUAGUUUCAAGUUUCCAUGCCUGCAUGGCUAUAACCGAAUCCAAAGACGCAGAUGGAGUUCAUUCACUUAUCUUGUUAGUCCAACGUUGGCAAAAUCAAUUGUCGUGCGUCCCUUGAUAACUUACCAUGUCAGGUUAAACACAGUCGAAAAAGAUGCAUUUGGAAC